AUCGAUUGCAAUUUCGAAAAACAGCUACAGGGACCGGAAAUGGAAUAUUCUAGUGCGCCUUGGUAAUUUUUGAAAUUCCUACUACGGUUACACUGACAAAAACGUAAACACGGCAUGGCUGUUGAUCUAGGAUUUGCGGAGGAAUCCUCCAAUACUGCUUGGCUAAGUAAUCGCUACUUUCCCAGCAAGCUGGGUGGACAGCCCGCUUGGCUAGAGCUGGAAGUGCUGCCCACCACAACGCAGCUGCAAUGCAACAAGUGUCAAGCACAAAAAGCAUUCCUUUGCCAACUUUACGCAGCUUUCGAGGAUGAUUUCAACUUCCACCGCAGCAUUUACGUGUUUGUGUGUCGUAAUGCCGGUUGCCAAGAAGCGAACAAAGCAGAGAACUUCACAGUACUGCGCUCUCAACUGCCCUUGAAAAACAAAUUCUACUCGGAAGAGGAACCUUCGGAAGAUGGCGAUCCUUUGCCUGCCAUUCCGAGUCCAAAGAAACUGUGCGCUGCUUGCGGCUGCUUUGCUCCCCACACCUGCAGCCGCUGCAAGAGUGUCAACUAUUGCUCUGGCGGUCAUCAGCGUGCCCAUUGGAAGCAGCACAAACCGAAUUGUGCUGCUGGCAAACCAGAUAUAGUUGGGGAUACGCUGCCUGCAAUUGUUUUUCCUGAAUAUGAAAUCGUUAUGGAGCCUGAACCAGCAAUCGAAGCAGUUGACAAAGACGAAGAAGAAUGUCUGGCCGAAUACGCUGAACUCUCAGCUAGCGGGAAGACGGGUGAACUUAAGGACGUAUCCGAGAAUGAAUUGGAUAAGUACUUUGGAAAUGCAGAAGCCAGCGAAGAUAAAGCAUUCAAAGAGUUUAGAAAGCAAACCGCAGCUGAGCCGGAGCAAAUUGUACGCUAUAAGCGCAGUGGCGAACCUCUAUGGAUAUCUGACGUUGAGUCCACAAUUGGGGCUCAGUUACAGGCUAUGCCCAAUUGCCGACAUUGCCAGGGAUCGCUGCAGUUUGAGUUUCAAAUAAUGCCACAAAUGCUGGUGUUGCUCAAGGAUGACAGCUUGGAUUGGGGCGUGAUUGCAGUUUACAGCUGUGCAAAGAGUUGCCCGAUUGAUGGCUAUGUGGAGGAGCAUGUCGUUAAGCAGGACAUUGUAGCACCUCCUGCUGAUGAGACGUGAAUCUUCCAGCUGCUGCUACGCAUACAAAUCAAUUUUAUUUGUAUAUGACGAAACAAAGUAAAAGAAAAAAUACAGUACGUCGACAGUUAAUGAUUGGGAGCGAUAUGAUGAACACGAA